GUAUUCACUUGCAAUCGUGGUACCGUCGAUCAUCGUUGUACCGUACGUGGUAUCCUCUCUUAUUAUCCGUCCGUCUAUAUAAAUUGAAAGUAGAGACACAGCCGAAAUGAAUUCCUUUGUUUUCAUCACACUAAUAACAUUGUCGGUGGUUCUAUCGAGCUCGGCCUACUACUACAGGUAUUCGCCGAUUACGCUGUGCAUGAAGAGCGACUACUCGUGGUGCACCAACGUGUCAUAUCCCACUGGCUGCGUUAAUAUGGACACGGUGGUCAUGAACAGCACCGGAGACAGCAACGGCAAAGGAAACUCGUCCGGUUCCACGACGACCGCAUUCAAGACCAUCGAGUCAGUGAUAGUGACCGACAUCGACAGCACUGAGGACAAGUGCAUCGUGUUUUUUGACACUUACAACUGCCAGGGCCAUAGCCUGGUGCUCAACGCCUCCAAACACCCUUCAGCCAAUCUCGCCGAUUUCAAGUUCUCUAACUUGGCAGAGUCCUACAGACAAUGCACUGAUCGAGUGCUCUCUUGGCUCCGGGACAACAACGCCAACAACUAGGUAAACGAUAUAACGGCGAUGACAACUCUAACAAACGGCCGUCCAUGGCUUAUCAUCAGAUGUAUUAAAAAUUAAUCUAUUUAAUUUAUACAAUGAAAUAGUAAUUAUAAUAAAAAUCAUUAAUCUAAAAAUGUUCACUAUAUUAUAUUAUGAUGUGUAUUUUAUUUAAAUAUCAAUAUAAUGCUUAUACAAACGUAUAAUUAGACCAUUCAAGAUACCUGCGCAAUAGGUUGUAUUAUAGUAAUAUAAAUAUAUAAUGUUUAACUCACAAAUCAGUUCUUCUAUGGCCUUACAAACGAUUAAAUACGACGUAGUCAAUUUAAAAUUUAAGCAAUACUAAUAUGUUUCCGCAUAUGAAUGUUUCGGUGUGUCUUCCCAGGUAGCAACUUUUUGUUUAAAAAUAUUAUUUUAACGUUAUACUAAUAUUAUUCGCGAUUAUAAUAUUAUCAUUACAAAAUGCUACUAGGGAUCGCUAUUGUGUUCUCUUUAAAAUAAAAGUAUUAUGGCCAAUA